AGUUAUCAUUCAAGCAAUCAAGCAAUCAAGCAAUCAAGCACCCUUUUGUGUUACACUAUUCUGGCAAACACUACAAAGAAAAUAUGGAAGACAGUUCUAAACAUUCCCAUGCACAUCAACCUGUGAGAUCCAUUAGUUUUCCCACUAGAGUUCAUCCUGUUUCUCAGAGAGUUGAAGCACUUCUAAACCACCUAAACCAUCAUCAUUCUCAACCUGUCUCAAGCACUGUAAAUUUGGAAGCAGAAACAAUUCAGAGUGACUUAGUUGUGCUUGCUGAGUUGUAUAACUCCAUGGAGGAACUCUUCCAUUCUCCACAGUCACAACAAGAUCUUCUACGCUACCAAGAUGGGAAAAUCGUUGAAGAAACGUUAUGUGGUUCAGUCACAUUGCUAGACACAUGUGAGUCUGCAAGGGAUUUGUUAUUGGUUCUGAAGGAACACAUGCAAACCCUUCAUUCAGCCUUACGUAGAAGAAAGGGAGAUUCAAACAUCGAAAGCAGCGUUUCUUCUUUUGACAUCUUCAAGAAGAUGGCAAAGAAGACAACUUCCAAACAAAUUGGACAGCUAAAGAGAAUGCAGAAUAAGGUUAAUUCCUUUUGUUUACUGAAUCAACACCAACAGCUAGCAUUUUUUGCCAGAGUUCUAAGAGAAUCAAACACCAUCACCAUCUCUAUAAUACAUUCUCUGUUAGUAUUUUUGUCCAUGCCAUCAUUCGGAACAAAAGGGUCCUCCUCCUUGAUCUCAAAGUUGAAGACCACUGUUUUGUUCUCUUCCCAGAAAGAACAGAAGAACACAAAUGGGAUUGCAGAUCUUAACUGGGUUCUGUGCUCCCUCUUUGGAAGAGAAAAAAAUGGUGAUUCUUGUGGUGAGUUUCAAAGGGUACUAGGAGAGUUGGAGACAUUAAAUGUUAAUAUUGAGGCUCUUGAGAGUGGAUUAGAUUGCAUAUUUAGAUGUUUAGUGAAAAAUAGAGUGUUGUUUUUGAAUAUGCUAGCUCAUUAAAGAGUAUUAAUGGCUGAAAGUAUCUAUUUGUAAAUAUAGAAUCUGCACAAAUCCAUG